UUGGCAUUCUUAUUUUUUUUUACUUUCACUUGAAUUUUAAAUUACGUUUGGUUUCUAAUUAUUCCGGCUUUUUUGACAUUUCUUUUUCUUCAAGUUAACAAUAUGGAUGAUGAAGCUGCUGCUCUAGAUGUAAAUGAAAUAUAUGUUUUAUAUGAAGGAUAUUCUUAUAUAGAUCCCCAAGAUUCAGUAAAUUCAGUAAGAGCUAAUUGUACUUGUACUUUAAUUAAAGGCAGAAAUAACUAUAAUAUUAUUGUGGAUACAAUGACUCCAUGGGAUAAAGAUAAAAUUUUACAAGCUUUGUCAGAACAUAAUAUAAAGCCAGAAGAUAUAAAAAUUGUUGUGAGCACGCAUGGGCAUUCAGAUCAUUGUGGUAACAAUAACUUAUUUACAAAUGCUGAAUAUCAUAUUGUUGGAGAAUGUAUAUCAUGUAAAGAUAAAUAUUUGAAACAUGAUUUUAGAAUCGGUAAUUUUCAUUUAACUGAUGAUAUAUCAAUAAUGCCCACUCCUGGUCAUACAUUAACAUGUGUAACAGUGUUAGUUGAAAAUACAAAUUUAGCACCGCUCGUGGCUGUAUGUGGUGAUUUAUUUGAAAAAGAAGAAGAUAUAAUCGAUCAAAAAAUUUGGUUAGAUGACGGUGGAAGUGAAUCACCAGAUAUGCAAAGAGAAAACAGAGCAAAAAUAGCUGAAAUGGUUGAUUACAUUAUACCAGGUCACGGUAAAGGUUUUGAGGUCAGUAAUAAAUACCGUGAUUUAUUACGUGUAAAUGCUGGCCUUAGUGAAAAAGAUAUUGAGAGAUUUUUGAGAGAUUCUAGUUAAGAUGAAAAAAUCGUAAAAUUCAUGUUUUUAGCUAUAAUUCAAACAUUUUUCGAAAUUAUAAAACGCAAUAUCAAUGCUGUUGAAUAAAAAAAUUUAUAAAUUUAAUAGAAAAAUAACAUGGUUUUU